AUGAAGUUCGACCUCACCUCAACCCUCCUAACCACAACCACGCUCUUAAGCGGCGCGCUCUCCCUCCCUCAAACAUCCAAGCUUGCCUCUCGUAUCGAAGCCCGCUCCCUAAACCGACAAUCGCAUCCUCUCACCCGCGAAGAUGGCCGGCAGUCGGGAAAUCAGACAGGCUUCCGAAUGGCCAACACAGCCGCUGUAGCAUACAGCAACAACUGGGCCGGCGUUGUCCGCGAGAGCGCACCUCCAGGAGGCCCCUACACAGCCGUCAGCGCGACAUUCACGGUACCAAAACCCACAGCAGCGCCCAACACAGCAGGAAUACAAGCCGGCUCCGCGUGGGUAGGGAUCGACGGCGACACCUACAGCGGUGCAAUCCUGCAGACGGGUGUGGACUUUUACAUCGAGAACGGACUCGUUCACAACGAUGCUUGGUUUGAGUGGUACCCCGACUACGCGUACGACUUCAACCUAGCUGUCAACACAGGAGACGUGAUUGUGGCCAAAGUCGAGGCACUCUCGCCGAGCGAGGGGGUGGCUAUCAUUGAGAACAAGAACACAGGAGAGACUGCAACGCAGACGGUUGGUGCGCCUAAAGCCGAGGCGACGCUGCAGGGGGUGAAUGCGGAUUGGAUUGUCGAAGACUUUCAGUCCGGUGAUGCGAUUGUUGCCCUGGCAGACUUUGAGCAGGUCACGUUUACGGGAUGUGAGGCGAAGGCGCAGAAUGGAGACUCGCUUGGGCUGGAUGGGGCGACGAUUAUUGAGCUCCAGCAGAACAACAAGGUGCUCACACAGGUGACGGUCAAGGGAAGUAGUGAGAUGACCGUUGAGAGUAAGCUGUGA